AUGACACCAGGGUAUUCGAAACUUCUGCUUCACGAGAUAAUUAUUCCUGAAGCAGGGGCAUCACAGCUUCAGGCCAUGCUGGAUAUGACGAUGAUGGCCUUUAAUGGUGGCAUUGAACGUACCAAGCAACAGUGGACUGCGCUAUCAGAAAAGCCAGGUCUUAAGGUUGUCCAAUUAUGGGGCCCAGCAGAGGAAGAUGAUGGUGGAAUCGUUGAAGUCGUGAAAGCAUAG